AUGGCAUCAUCUCCGCCGGCGGUGUGCCAACGCAGACGCCUGCUGCGCUCGCUGCUGCUGGCGGGCAUUGUCUACGGGGCUUUCGUGCUGCUGUGGUACAAUAGUGAACUGGCGGAUCUGACUCGGACCCGGACGUCGGCUAUCGAUGGUCGAACCUACCGCCCGAGGUUCGGGGAAGUGGAGGUCGUCACGAGGAAACCUAUGCCCGAGCGCAAGAAGCAGCGGCCGAAACUCGUUCUGUCCCCCCAGGGGCGUGUAGCCAUCCGGAAUAGGGAAGAGGAGCUCAAGGCCCGAACGCAGUCCGACCACCGAAACGAGACCCUGACCCAGAUCCCAAUUGAAACCAAAGACCCAGCGAUAGCGCAGGAGAGAGAGGUGAAGGAGAAGCAGGAGGAGGCUGAAAACCACGCGAAGACGGUCAAAAACUUCCCGAGGGGUGAGACCAGACCGUGUAAUUUGCGCUGUGUUGGCUGGAAGGCGACUGGAGACUGCAGUCCGAUCGGACCCCGGGUCCCGGAAAAGGACCAUUCGUGCAUGACCCGAGUGCCGGCUGGCGAGUCUGGCUACUGCGAAGUGGAAGGCACGGACUCGGGCGAGAGAUUCCGAGUCGGGAGGCGCUUUUGCAACAGUCUCAGACUGGAGGCCGUCUUCGCUGCUCAGACGCGGCUGCCGAAUAUUGGUGACAGCACGUCGGAAUCUCGAGACGGCAUCGUGAUGGUGAUUUAUCCCAAGCUUAUGGCAAGUGUCUGCGCUACGAUUCGCGUACUGCGCGGCUUGGACUGUAAACUGCCCCUGAAGCUCUGGUUUGUCCCUAGAGAGAUGAGGAACCACCCUGCAGACAUGAAGACGCUGCAGAAACUUGCUCGCGCUGAUGGAAUGGGGGACAUUUCGUUUCACCAAGUUAAUGAUUUCCACGCUACGGGGUUUCGGAAGGUUCACGCGAUCUACAACAGCCACUUCGACCGACUGCUGUUUCUGGAUGCUGACAAUGUUCCCUUCAAGGAGACUGGCGCAGUGUUUUGGCCGGAUUUCUGGCACCCGUCGAACUCGAUCUUCAAUAUCCACAGCCAGUCGCUCAUCUGGGAGCUGCUCGAUAUCCCGUUUGCGAAUAUGUUCGAGCAGGAGAGUGGACAAUUGGUGGUCGAUAGGAGGAGGCACGCCGCUAGACUGGAGCUCGUGCGUCACUACGCUUUUCAACGCUCGGGCAUUUUCGACAGAAUGAAACUUGUGCAUGGAGACAAGGACCUCUUCCGACUCGCGUGGCUCAAGCAGCUCUCACCAUUUCACAAGGUCCGGUAUCCCCCCGCCGUGGCAGGAAAAGUGAUCAAUGAGAGCUUUUGCGGGAUGACGAUGGUGCAGCACGACACGGAGGGAAAUGUGCUCUUCCUGCACCGGAAUUCAAACAACCUCAGUGGUGUGGCGAGACGGCGAGAUGGCGAUAACAUGGCCGAAGCUGUCCGACGCGCGACAACAAAGCUAGUGAGCAAGAAUCCUGAGGGUCGUAAGACGCCCAAGUUCAAAGAGGUCCAGGCCGAGUUGAAAGCGAUCGAGGCAAUUCCAGGCAAAACGAUGGAAGCACCGGAGCUAGAUGGGUAUCCUGAUCCAGUUAUUUGGACCCACCUGCUUUCCUUCAAGAACACAUCACGCCGCUCACGCUACAUUAUCGAGACGUACAAUGGUGAGCCAGAGUUCUCAAAGGAGCAAAACUGCUAUGGCCAGCGUGAGCUGGGAAAGGAUCCCAACUUCUACGUACAAAAGUUUGCAGAUUUGGCUUUUUCAGGACUGGAAACUGAGUUGCGCCGGUAUGCAAUGGAGGCAGCGACUCGGCGGCAACAGAAGCUCAGCAAUCCGUGA